AUGCCGUGGCUUGAUAGUUGGUUGAGCAAGAAUCCCAUCGUCAAGGUUCCCUUCGUGUCCGGGGGCAUCUCGUGGAGCUACUUGGCUGCGGUAGAGCUUUACACUAACGGAAAGCACUACAUCGACAAAUAUCGCGACUUGAAAGACACUUAUCCUGAUUUGAUUGACGACGAGCAAGUUCUUAGAUAUCUGACACUAAACCUUAUUGCUGGAGGCGAUACAACUAGCGGUACACUGCGCGCGAUCUUGUAUCAUGUGGCCAAGGCCCCAUCGGUGUACUCGAAACUCAUCUCAGAGCUAGAUGCAGCUAAACUCUCCCUACCGGCCCAGUGGAGCGAUAUCAGCAAACUUCCUUAUCUCAAUGCAGUCGUAUACGAAUCAUCUCGCAUAACUCCUGGCAUCGGGUUGAUGUUCGAGAGGCAUGUUCCCGCAGGGGGCUGCAAGCUCCCCGACGGUCGCUUCAUACCAGCAGGGACCAAGGUGGGGAUCAACCCUUGCGUCGUCUCGCGCGAUACCGAUGUCUUUGGCGACGACGUUGAGGCUUUCAAGCCAGAGCGUUGGCUACAGCGACCAGACGAGGACGAUAAGGGCUAUGCGAUACGAUCUCAGCGCAUGCGAGAGACUACCGAUCUUACGUUCGGGGCAGGUAACCGCGUCUGCAUGGGCAAAUCAAUGGCCAAAAUGGAGAUUUACAAACUGGUGGCGACAUUGUACAGUACCUUUGAUAUCAAGCUGCCCGAUGAGCGACACGAGUGGACGUACCGAAAUUCCUGGCUCAUGUUCCACGAAAACAUUCCCAUGCUGAUCAGUCGGAGAGCAAGACUCUAA